UGCCAUUUCCAGAACAGUUUGUAGAGGACAUGGCCAUGGACAUAAGUGUUGUAAAUGCUCUCACAUACGAGGAAUUUGUGAAUCUAUUCGGUAAUGUGGUUGAGAAAUGCCCCAUCAUUUCUGCUGCAAUAUGGUCCCACCGGCCUUUCAAAGAUCUAGCAGACAUCGAGGCUCACAUAAUGGGAUUCAUUCACAGUCUACCAGACUCAGGUAAAGAGGGCAUUUUGCGGUGUCAUCCUGAUUUGGCGGGCCGAGAUCUCCAGAGCGGGACACUAACACGGGAGUCUCAAGAAGAGCAGAGUCAAGCCGGUAUGACCACACUGGAUUCUGCAGAGAUUCAGCACAUGUACCGUCUAAACUCGAAGUACAAGGAACGCUUUGGCUUCCCUUUUGUCAUCUGCGCCCGCCUCAACAACAAAGCGGAUAUUGUGCGCCAACUGACUGAACGCCUGAAGAAUGACCGCGCAGAGGAGCGGGAGCGCGCGAUCGAAGAGGUUAAAAAAAUCUGUAGCCUCAGGUUAAACAAUAUUGUCCUAUCUGACAUUCAAACCAAACUGUGACUCAAGUUAACUUUACAAAAGUGUUUACUGCCUCUCUCUAGGUACUUGAUUGUAUAUCAUUUUAAUUUGUAUGUUAAUUUGUGUAAAAUAAGAAAACACAAAAAGCAAGUAGGCUAGCCUAUGCUGACAAAUAAAUUGAUCCAUAUCUCAUGCCGUUUAUAAGCCAUUAAAGGGAUAGUUCACCCAAAAAAAUAAAAAUUUUGUCAUCAUUUACUCACCCUCAAGUUGUUCCAAACCUGUAUAAAUUUAUUUGUUCUGCUGAACACAAAGGAAGAUAUUUGGAAGAUCACUAAACAGAUCUCGCCCCCCAUUGACUACCAUAUUAGGGAAAAAAUACUGCAGGGGCGAGAUCUGUUUUCAUUUUUAGGUGAACUAUCCCUUUAAGGGCCCCUAAAUCAAUAAGAUAAUAUUUAGCCUGCAAUUUUGUGAUAUAAUGGUGCUAUGUAAUAAUAAAAUUAAGUGAUAAAAACGGCAGCACAUGUUUUUGUCGAUGUAGACUACUCCCCAUAGUGAUCCUAAAAACUUUGGGUUAUGGGAGCGAAAAAAUUAAUUAUGCCUAAUCGGGAGUAGCCUAUAGUCUUUUAGUCCUAUAUGGGUUGUUUUGAUUUAUUAUUUUUGUUUGCAACAAAUUAUAACAAGUGAUAUGACGCCACCCUGCCCAUAUGCGUUUAAUUGGUUUAUAGGCUAGGCCUAGCUCACCUGUAUAAAUAUUAUGAAUUUUGUUGGAAGAAUGUUGUAAUGACAGAGGUAUUUACCCAUUUGUAUUUAAAUUAAGAAGCUAUUUUUUGUCUAUCUAUAAAAAAUGAAUACAUUCAAAUUUUAACAAUG